AUGGCACAAGGAGUCAAACUUGAACGAGAUAAAUUAUGCUGCUCAAUCUGUUUGGAUCUUCUGAAAGAUCCAGUGACUAUUCCUUGUGGUCACAGCUACUGCAUGACCUGCAUCAGCGGUCGUUUAAAUGAGGAGGAUGAUGCAAGAAUCUACAGCUGCCCUCAGUGCAGGAGGAUUUUUAUGAGGAGACCAGAGCUGGUAAAAAAUAACAUGUUAGCAUGGGUAGUGGAGGAGCUGAAGAAGAGUGAAAAAAAGGAUCCACGUGGUUCUUCUGGUCCAGAAGAUGUGGCCUGUGAUGCCUGCACUGACAGGAAAACAAAAGCCUCCAAGUCCUGUCUGCAGUGUUUGGCUUCAUAUUGUGAGGCGCACCUCCAGCCUCACUAUGAUAUACCUCCCUUGAGGAAACACAGGCUUGUGGAAGCAAGUGCAAAUCUUCAGGAAAACAUCUGCUCUCGCCAUCAAGAAGUGAUGAAGUUGUUCUGUCGCACCGAUCAGCACUGCAUCUGUUAUCUCUGUUCCAAAGACGAUCAUAAAGGUCAUAACAAAGUCUCAGCCGCAGCAGAAAGGGCUGAACGGCAGAGGGAUCUGCUGGUGAUUCAGCAAAAAAUCCAGCUGAGGAUCGAGGAGAAGGAGAAAGAUGUGAAGGCUUUUAAACAGGAGGAAGCUGUGAUAAAUCACUCUGCUGCAAAUGCACUAAGGAACACCGAGAAGGUCUUCAUGGAGCACAUCCGCAUGACUGAGAAAACUAUGUCUGAUUUGAAGGAGAAGAUUGUUUCGCGGCAAAAGGCCGAAGCAGGUCGGUUCCAAAAAACUCGGGAGAAAGUGGAGCAGGAGAUUGCAGAGCUAAGAAGGAAGGAUGCAGAUUUGCAAAAGCUCUGUCAGGCUGAAGAUCACACACAUUUCCUGUUAAAUUAUUCCACUCUGUCCCGUCUCUGUGAAUCUAGAGAACCACCCAGUAUCAGAGUCCGACGUCUGCGGUACUUUGAGAAGGUUACAGUGGCUGUGUCGGAGUCCAGAGAAAAACUGCAGGAGGUUCUACGUGAAGAAUCUGCAAAGAUCUUACCAACCGUGACUGAACCAAAUGUUGUACCAUUAAAACCACCUGAGUACUGGUCUCAGGCAGAGCCUAAGGUCAAGUUUCAAAUGGUUCCUAUGCGAGAACCGAAGAUCAGAGCUGAUUUUUUAUACUACGCAUGCCAAAUCACGCUGGAUCCAAACACUACAAACCCCCAUCUGGCAUUAUUAAAUGAGGACAGAAAAGCAGUCUUUAUGGUAGAUGAACGGGAUUAUCCUAUCCAUCCAGAGAGAUUUGCAUACACCUGGCAGGUCCUGAGUAAAGAGAGUCUGACUGGGUGCCACUACCUGGAGGUGGAGAGGAGCGGGAAGGGCGUUUUAGUAGCCGUCUCAUACAAGAGUAUCAGCAGAACGGGGAGCUUCGCUGAAUGCGUGUUUGGGAACAAUGACAAGUCUUGGGCUUUAGACUGUUUCAAAAAUAGCUACGAAUUCAAGUAUAACAACAUUAGAACCCCGAUCCCAGGUACCUGGUCCUCCAGGGUGGGAGUGUACCUGGAUCACAGUGCAGGUGUUUUGUCCUUCUACAGCGUCACCGACACCGUAAAACUCCUCCACAAAGUCAUGACGAAGUUCACUCAGCCGCUCCAUAUCGGACUUUGGCUUUCAGAUGGAGCCGCCGCUGAGCUGUGCAAGCUCAAGUAG